CUCGUAUCGGCGGAUACGACAUCUUUGGCGCUUCCGGGCCGGACCAGCAGGCAUUCAGAUUUCACAGCUUUCGACCACCUCGAUGCCGGCAGCGCACUCGCUACAGAGCGGGCGUUAGCUGGCGGGCUUGCAGAGGUACGAUUCCCUUGACGACCAUCUCAAGUCACCCCUCCCUCCCACCUCACAAAGGCGCAUGUAUCUUGCACCUCAAUCCACCCACGCACACCACCUCGCAUCGACGUUGGCAUCAGAAGAUAUAACAUCAGUGCUCCACUACAUCUCUCAGCGCUCGUCAUGACACCACCGACCUUUGUGGAGCUGGUCAGCUUGCGACGGGUCGCCGGACGGGAGGGAGAGUACACCACCGUUCAUCCACCUGAGCCGUACGGGCACGUCUCCGACGACGUAGCGUACGGAGGAUGCGUGCAGGCUUCGAACAUCAUCGCAGCUUUCGACAUGCUCAGCAGGCGUAGCACUUCGUCAGCAAAGAGCGGCAAGGCGGAAGCGAGUCCUCUAAGGUUGUACUCUUUGCAAGGCGUCUACCUCGGACCCACUCUCGCCGGCGUGCACCUCAGGCUCAGCGCAGAGGUCCUACGCAGCACCAAAUCUUUCUUUACUGUCCAUAUUCGCACCUAUCAAACACAGAGGGACAAGGAAAGAAUCACUUUCGCAGCGACUAUCGAUUUUAUGGCCACGCCGCCCGAGCAACCACGGCAAGAGGAGGGUUUCCAGCGAGUGUCUGCUGUGCCGCUCGUGCAGCCUACUCCGCGUUUGGAGGAUGCACAGACGUUGGAGGAGAUUGCAGAGGAUCGCGUCAAGGAGGGUACGCUGCUUCGCGAGGUGUGGGACGCCAUCUACGAGGUUCUCUUCCUGCUCUCGAGGAGGACGGGAGAGACAAAAGAGGUGCCGGGUACCGCGCAUCACGCCACGAUGCACGGGUGCAAAACAGAUGUGGACAAUCCUCAGAAGGAUCGACACAUCACAAAGAGGUGCAUAGCGGAUUGGAAUCGGGCAAGAGGGAGCAUUGUUGAGCUCUGCAAGAGCACGCAGAACUCCAAGGAUGGGAACCUCGUUGCCAUCUCGCCCGUCGCGGCGAGCUGUGCCUACUUUGCCUUCUACCUCGACUCGGGCUUGCCAUACGUACCGCUGAUCACGUCCGGUCUCCAUCUGGCAGACACUUCGCAUGCCACGUCUCUCGAAGUGGCUGUCCGAUUCAUUGACCCGGAACCCAAGGCCGAUGAGUGGCACUACAAGGAGAUCACUUCGAUAGCACAGCGGAAUGAGAGGACCACAUCUCAAGCUCACUCCUGGGAUCAGAAUGGGAAUUUGACAGUGUACGCUACCCAGGUUGGACUGAUCAGACCCUUACCGAAGCUGUAAGCGAGGGUUGGUGUUUCGAUCAAAUGAGAGGGCUAGACUAGACGGCUUGAGACUUUUGGCCAGGGUGUUGGACUGAUCAUGGUCCCCCUGUUCUCAGCCUGGGCAGAAGGCCCUGCGCAUGGCAAAGCAGGUGGGGAUCGGCGGGGUUUAGCAUCACCACGUACACACAUUCCUUCACCUCGAGAUCACUCUCGGGCAGUAGAAAAGCCUCGAACUUCACCUCGAGAUCACUCUCGGGCAGUAGACAAGCCUCGGAAAAGGUUUAUAGACGCCGAUUUAGACAGGCAUCCGCUGUAGACAAUUACACAUGAAGCGUAACCGUGCCACCUUCAAUGCAUCAGUUACCUCCUCCUGGGCGCGAUAGACGCGG